ACCGCUAUCUCGAGGACUACAUCCCGAAAUAAGCUCCGCCGUCCGGGAGACCUCGUUUUUGGUGUCGUGUAUUACGACGUUCGGGUUUUUAGGGGGACAUGGCCGGUUGCAGGUAACCUUUCCGGGACUACUGCUUUCUCCUCAGCCGGCUGAAGGACAAAGCAGGACGGGGAAACGCAGAUGGAGCGGCCGGGCAGACUGCUGCUGCAGUCCGAGCUCCGUGUCCGAAACACGGCUUACGACGUCUGCCUCAGUCGGUCCCAUCUGACAUGGAAAAGACGCAUCUCCAGCCCGGUUUACCACCCGUUCAGACCCAGUUUGUGUCACAGAGUCCCAGUGUCGGAGAUCAUCUCCGUCAGAGAGGAAGAGGAGGAUGGCGUCGCACAAAGUGAUGAUGGAAGCUGGAAGAAGAUUAAAGAAAAAGAGGGAAAGGACUGCAUGCGGACCUUUACGGUGUCAUACGUGGAGCGAAGUCAGAAACACCGCUGGCGGUGUGCUGAGGUCACCUUCACAUGUCCAGAGGGGGCGCUGUGUCAACACUGGGUCAGCAGCAUACAGGAGCAGCUUUCUAUGAACACGAGCAGACCCCGGCACCUACUCGUCUACAUCAACCCCUAUGGCGGUAAGAAGCAAGGCAAACGCAUCUAUGAACAGAAGGUGGCGCCAUUGUUCGCUCUGGCAGGAGUGUCAGCUGAUGUCAUCGUCACAGAAUAUGCCAACCACGCGCGGGACCACCUGCGGAACGCAGCCGAGCUGAAGCAGUACGACGGGGUGGUGUGUGUCGGCGGGGACGGCAUGUUUAGCGAGCUCGUCCACGGGCUGAUUUGGAGGACACAGAUGGACGCUGGCGUCAAUCUCAACUCUCCCGAUGAAACUCUGAUUCCCUGCUCACUUCGCAUAGGAAUUAUUCCAGCAGGUUCAACUGACUGCAUCUGUUUUGCCACUGUGGGCUCCAACGACCCUGUGACCUCUGCGCUUCACAUCAUCAUAGGCGACGAACAGCCGAUGGAUGUUUGCUCAGUUCAUCAUGACAACACGUUUCUCCGAUACUCCGUCUCACUGCUUGGAUAUGGUUUCUACGGCGAUGUGCUCACUGACAGCGAGAGGAAGAGGUGGAUGGGGCCGGCCAGAUACGACCUCUCAGGCUUGAAGAUGUUCCUUACUCAUCACUACUACGAGGGAACGGUCUCCUUCUUACCAGCCAAAGGCAUCACAGGGACUCCAAGGGAUGCAUCCAAAUGCAGAUCUGGCUGUACAAUUUGCCAGCACAGCGGGCAGUUGCUCUCCAAGAGACCUGGGAAGUAUGAGAAUAAUGAAGUAUCUGACAGUGAUGCUGACGGUGAGUGGCGCACCAUCCGUGGGAAAUUCCUGGCCAUCAACGCGGCCAGCAUGAGCUGUGCCUGUCCUCGUAGCCCCAAAGGUCUCUCACCAGCCGCUCACUUGGCCGACGGCACCAUCGACCUCAUCCUGGUCCGCAAAUGUUCCCGCUUCAACUUCCUGAGACAUCUCCUGCGACACACCAGCAAAGAUGACCAGUUUGACAUGACGUUUGUGGAGGUCCAACGGGUCCAGCGUUUCCGAUUUGCGCCGCGCCACUGUCAGAGCGACUCGGAGCUGGAGCUGGACCUACUGGAAAACGGGAAACACCAAAUCUUCAGCCAGAUCUGCCGAGACCAUCCGGCGUGCAGCUGUGCGCCCGCCUACAGCAGCUGGAACUGUGACGGCGAGAUCCUGACUCAUGCAGCCAUCGAUGUCAGAGCACACUGCCAGCUGAUCAAACUGUUUGCUCGAGGGAUCGAAGAGCCUGCAGUUUUCGAAGAUACCACAAACCCAUGUGCAAUAUAGUCAACACCUCCACCCCCAACCCCCACCCUAGUAAAACACUGACAUGCGUUUCCAGGCAGAUAUGAUGUCACCGUCGCACUCGUCAUCUGGGGACGAGAUGUUCUCACAUGAAUGGCUAACAGGCCGCAAGUGUAAAAAGAGCCGAACAGGAAACGGUUUGAUGAUUCUGUAGCAACUCAGAGUGUGAAGUUGAUGAUGCAACGUCUGGACCCUUGUCAUGUAAAUUCUCAUAAGAUACAACUGAAAAAGAAAUGUUCAAUGAUGCUGCCCAAAUUAACCAGUUAUAUAUUUGAAUAGAUUCAUGAAUGUCUUAAGAAUUGUAUGCAACAUUUUGAGUUCUAGAUUUUAAUUUCAUUCCCUGCUUUAUCCUGUUUAAAAUCCAACUGUAUGUCACUAUAUUAUAAAAGACUUUAGUGUCGUAGUUCCGAGCUGCGAGCUCCAUAGGUCAAAUGUAAAAAAAAAAAAAAAAAUUGAGCGUCAAAUGUUACCGACAUACUCAAGUGCUUCCUGUUUAGUUUGAAUUGAUUGUGUAUUUCUUAUGUAGGAUUUAGCUGCUACAUUUGUUUGCUGGUACCAGACAUCUGCGAUGUAUAACUCAAUUCCAAAGAUGUUUGACACCAACUUUGAACCUACCAGUCACAGUGUAGAGGACGAACGGUCAAAUGGCAGACAAUCAAGUGUCCUUUAGGAUUAGUCAAGAUUAAACUAAAUUCUAACAGUCCAUCUGCACUUGGAAUUAUUCCAGUCACCAUCUCACCUUCCAAAACCAAAUUAGUAAAGAAAUAUAUAGAGAGAUAUAUUGCUAUUUUAUUAUUUAGUUUUUUAUUUAUAGUUUUAAGAAUCAUACUGCCUUCAAGAAGCAAAUUCACAUGUUAGUGAAGAAACAGUUUCACCAAAAAAAUGUUACAAGUACUAUGAUUAAAGGCUUGUUUUGUUCAGGUUACCUCAGAAUAGUUGCUGAAAGAAGCGGUCUUUUCCUUGACGUUUGGGUGGUGGACGGAUUGAAUCUACAUGUAUCCUCUUCCGUAGCAACAAAGCUCUAUUUUUGCAUUUCACUCUUUCAUAUCUGGCAAUAUGCAAGCACGAAAUCCUGGUGUAUUUUAUGCAGACAUGCCGCCAUGGCGAUGUCGCCGGUCAAUACGCUGUAGCAUUUACUACAUUCUGAUGUCAGAGCUGUGUAUUUGUUUAAAAAUCAGAAAUCAUUGCGUAAUGUCACGGGAGCCACCGUCUGUCUCGAGCAAAUCCAGUCCAUCUGUUCGAAACAAAUGAGACGAUACAAGUGUCAAAGGGGUAAAAAACUGGCUACACAAAUGAAGGCUUGUGUUACUUAUGGUCAAUAGUGCAUCGUAACGGACAGGUGUGACGUGUCCCCCUGUGAUCUUACCUCAGAACCACAUAGGAACAAUCAAACAUGUUGCAAUCUGACCUCAAAACAACUGAAUGUUAGUGGUGUUAAUGUUCAUGUUGAAAAUUUGUCCUGAGGAGAUCAUUGUCCAAAAUGUUAUGAAGAUUAAACAAUAAAGAGAUGCUGAACAAACAAAAAAAUGUG